UAAGUCUGCUGUCAAGUAAGCUGAUAAGAAUAAUACAGGAACUUACAAUGUAUUAAGGAAAACUUAAAUGAAAAAUGAACACAUGAGCAGUUAACUUAUAUAUUUAUUCACGGUUGUGUUAGAAUAGCUAAUAUGGCUGUGUACGCGGCGCACUUAACGCGAACUUUACAAGGUAACCCUUCAGUGUUCCAAGUAGCUGCUCAGGAUGCCCUCGGAGAAACAGUUAAACCAGCUUUACGGAAACUAGUGGAGUAUGUGGCAGCUGUGUAUCCAAAUAAAUGUGGGUGGUGUGAAACGUGGUAUGAUGAAUUAUUUUUAUUGCUUGACUACUGCUUGCAAUACCACUACCUCAAACAUUAUGCUGCAUCAUUCUCAGAAUGCUUCUAUGGUUUGGUCAGAGUGCCGAUCUCCCCUAGCACAGAGUUCAGUUCAGGUACACGACUGCCGCAGAACCUCGAGCGAGGGUCACUAGCACUGCUGGUGCUGUUACCAUAUGUCCGGCAAAAAGUGGAGAAAAUGGUGGAUAAGUGGAGAGAGGAUAUAGAAGACGGAAGAUUGGGUAAGAGCAAAACGGACCGAGCCCGUAAAGCGGCCGUCAGGCUCUGGAGCGUGGUGCACUUCUUGGGCGAGGCGGGCAGGCUGGCGCUGCUGGCGCGCUACCUGACGGGCGCGGGCCGCGCGCCGACGCCCGCGCUGCGCCUGCUCGGCCUCACGCUGCGGGACGCGCCCGCCGAGCGCCCCGACGACACCUGGGGCGACUUCGUGCGCGCCGUCGCGGCCGGCCGGCUCGGAUGCCGGAUAUGUAAUGUGCGGGCGUGCCGGCAGGAGCGCGGUGGUCACGUUCCCGAUGGUGUGGCGCGCGUGCAGCGCCGUCGCGCAGCACGGGGCCUUCGCCGUGCAGCUGCUGCGCUGGUGGGACGCGCGCCGCCCGCUGGCGCUGCACCACCUGCCCGCGCCGCCGCCGCCGCAGGUACCCACUCGCGCCUCACACGUGCCGCACGCGGUCCCGCGCGCGACAGUACAGAUAUGUUAAGUAAGGUUGCGUGUGCAGCGCGCGGACGCGCCGACGCUCAACGUGUGCCCCGUGUGCCGCCAGCGCUGGCGCGUGCCCACCGUGCUGCCGGUCUCCGGGUGAGUACUCGUCGCUAUGACAUCAGAGUGUCAGCCGGGCCGGUCGAUAACCCGCCUGCGCCUGUGCGCCCGCAGUUUGGUGUUCUGCUACACGUGCGCUGCGCGCGCGGUGCGGGCGGGGGGGGCGUGCCCCGUGACGCGCGCACCCGCCGCGCCCGCCACGCUGCGGCGCCUGUACCUCGACCCGUAGCCGCCGGCCGCCGCUGCGGCGCCUGUACCUCGACCCGUAGCCGCCGGCCGCCGCUGCGGCGCCUGUACCUCGACCUAAACUUACUACCCGAUCGUUGUGAGAAAGUCGUCGUCCGUCGUCACAAAAUCACACCGUAGACAACUACUUUUCCUAUCGAUUGUAGUUCCCUACAAUCGAUUGAGAUCUGUUGCAUGACUUCAACUCAAACAUACAAACAAGUGAAUUUAAAUAAAACCUGAAUUCAUUUUAAUUUAUAGAUAGAAACAUUUUCAAAGCUCUAAUUGCCGUACUAUUGAAUUUUUGAAGGCAAUAUUCCCAACUUUUCACUUAUAAGAAUUUCCAUAGAUUUACUUAUAGACUAAUGAUAGGUGACAGUGUAUUUUUGUAAAUAUUGUAUAAAAUUAGUCAUAUUUUUUUUUUUAGUUUUUUGUUAUAUAUAUAUGUAAGUGUAUUUGUAGAAAAGACGAACUAAAAAUAAAAUGUGUUCCAAGAGGGCUGUGGUCUUAAUGCUUAGUGGUUUAUAAAUGUUGGUGUUAAAUAUGACGUAAUGAAGCAUUUUUUUAUUUUAAUUCAAAUAUUACAUAACAUAUUACAUACAAAAAGUCCUUAUACACUAACUAUAUAUAUGUAAAUAAAUUACAACAAUGUAAAAAAAUGUUAAAUAAAAACCUAUUAUUUAUUA